UCUACCUGUCUUCGCAGAGAAUCAAUGGCAGUGACUUUUUGGGCGAAAAAGUAAAAAGAGAGAAAAAAAAAACAAUAUGACUAAGACGGGUAAACCAGACUCAUACUGGGAAGCUAUCAUGUACCAGUAUGCCCAGGGAAAGUUCCGGUUUUCCACAGGUAAGAAGCCGGGGGGUAAGAAAUGGAAGGCUGUCAUGCAGCUCAUCAAGUCCUGUCCAUUGAUUCCUAUCUUCAACCUACCAAUCCGAGAGAUAGACAUCUUUGGGGGCCAAAUUGCCUGCAAAUGUGGAUAUCAUAAGUGGUUUGAGAGGGUCCAUGCUAAUGAAAUCCUGGGUCAUCUGGAUGAGAUGAAGGGUGUCAUAACAUCGAUAUACGGCAGGAUCCUAAAGCUAAACUCCACAAAAAAGAUCACAAAGAAGCUUGCUGGUGACAUUGUGGACUCAGCUACGUGGAUGACAAAUGUCACCAACGAAUGUGGGCAGGUGCUCAACUGUGUGCUCACCACUGGUGAGGGAGCUGGACUGGAUGAGUUGUGCCAGGGUAUCGUGAAGCGCGUAAAGGAUGCUGGAGAGCCAGAGCCAGAGGUCAUUUAUGUUGACAGAGAUUGCUGCAGUGGGACAGGCUUACGACUUAUCAACCCUGAGAGCCUCCUGGAGUGGAACUCUACACCAAAGUCCGCUCUGGGUCACAAAAGGGAGACAAGGUCCUGGAUGUCUUAA